GGAAUGAACCCAACAUAGCAUUGGCCUAGCACUCACCAAUCUCCAUAUAUCUAGCUAGAUUACAAUCACAAAUCCACAACACAACCAACGAAGCUUCAAGUAUGACUCCUUUUUACUUGUCCGUCCUAGUUAUCAUUUUUCUCUUCUCUCUGAAGCUCUUGUUCCAAUCAAGAAGAUUCAGAAACCUCCCUCCAGGGCCACCUUCUUUCCCCAUAAUCGGAAACCUCCACCAACUCAAACAACCCCUCCACCGCACGUUCCAUGCCAUAUCACUAAAAUAUGGCCAAGUCUUCUCUCUCUGGUUCGGCUCCCGUUUCGUCGUUGUCGUUUCGUCGUUCCCCGCGGUGCAAGAAUGCUUCACCAAAAACGACAUCGUCUUGGCGAACCGGCCCCACUUUCUCGCGGGCGAGUACAUCGGCUACAACAACACCACCGUUACGGUAUCCAACUACGGCGACCACUGGCGCAACCUCCGCCGCAUCAUGGCGCUCGAGGUUCUCUCAACGCACCGUUUAAACUCCUUCUUGGAAAUCCGAAGGGACGAGAUCAUGAGGCUCGUGCGAAAGCUAGCUCACGACUCACACAACGGCUUUACCAAAGUGGAACUUAAGUCAAGGUUUUCGGAAAUGACGUUUAACACUAUAAUGAGGAUGAUAUCGGGGCCAUUGUGGGCCACUAGAAGCCUUAGUGGUCCAAACAUGGGCGAGCUGCAGGGGUUGGCCUCUUCGUCCCGAAGUCGGGUGCGCUUCCUCGAAGAUGAGGUGACGUCCUCUCGUGGUCGGGUUCGCUCUUUGGAGGAUGAAGUGAUCUCUCUGAAGAGUGAGCUGGCGACGACGACCGAGAAGUGCAUCUGUGACGAGGUCAUGAUCGGCGGCAAAGAGGAAGAGGUCGCCGCCUUGAAAGAGGAGUUGGCCAAGCAGGAGGCGGAGAGGGCGGGGGCUUUCCAGAGCCGAUACAUAGCCCACCACUUCGGGAAGGGCCUUUCAAAGGUGCGAUUGGACCAUGUGAGCACCUCGGCUGACAUGGACUCGUUGUGGAGCGCGGGGGUGACUGCCGAGAAGUUCUUCCCUCAAGGCUCGCUGAGCUCCGAGGACCAGGGGCUAAUAGAUGAGGUCGGGCCCGAGGAUAGUUUUGACGCUGCCCAGAAAAUGAUUUUCUUAUUUGUUGUAUUAAUGUUUUCCUCGAAUUUACAGGUUAUGCUACUUGCAGGAACAGACACAUCAUCAGUAACAUUAGAAUGGGCCAUGUCUAAUUUAUUAAACCAUCCAGAAAUAUUGAAGAAGGCAAAAAAUGAAUUAGACACUCAUAUUAGACAAAAUUGCUUAGUUGAUGAACCUGACCUUUCGAAACUCUCCUACCUUCAGAGCAUUGUUUAUGAGACACUUCGUUUACAUCCUGCUGCGCCAAUGUUGGUACCCCAUUUGUCUUCAGAAUAUUGCACCAUAGGAGAAUAUAAUGUCCCUCAAAACACAAUUUUGUUAGUUAAUGCUUGGGCUAUUCACAGAGAUCCCAAGUUGUGGAGUGAUCCAACACAUUUUAAGCCCGAGAGGUUUGAGAAGGAAAGUGAAGCAAGCAAGUUACUUUCAUUUGGAUUAGGGAGGAGGGCUUGUCCUGGUGCAAACUUGGCCCAACGUACAGUCAGCUUAACUCUGGCCUUGUUAAUUCAAUGUUUUGAGUGGAAAAGAACUAGCAAGGAAGAAAUUGAUAUGACCGAAGGAAAAGGGGUCACUAUGCCAAAAAAGUUUCCCUUAGAAGCUAUGUGCCAAGUGUGUCAAUCACCAACAAUUAAUGGUAUUUUCUAAUUUCUAGUGCUAUUAAAAACACACACCAUGUUCUACCAAAAGUCAUUAGCUCAAGUGGUUCAACAUUUGUAUUCUAUAAUCAAUGACUGAUGUUCGAUUUUCAAUUUGAAUAGAGUUGAGACUAGAGAUAUCACUUGAAUCUUAUAGGAUCCAACUCGAUGGGCCUUUUGGCUUGAAUAAAUAAAAAAUUUAACAUUUCCAUAAA